GAGGGAGAGUGGAAGGAAGGAAGGAAGGGGGAAUAAAGGAAUGACAGAGGGAAACAAGGACACACAUAUUGAGAAAAAAGAUUAAGAGGAAUAGUAGGAAGGAAAAAAGAUAACACUGAGGGAAGCAAGCAGGGAUGGAGGAAGGUGAAAGGUUAAGAAGGAAGAAAGGAAGAAAGGAAGAAAGGCAGUGUUAUGGAACAAUUCUUAAUUACAAUAAUGAGGUAAAAUAUGAAUAACAAAUUCUACGAAUAAUUCAUAUAACGGUAGACAUGUCAGGGUCCAGAAAAUACAUUUAGGCUAUAUGGAAUAGGCGAUUUUGGAAGGAAAUAUGUUAUGAAAUUUUUAACGUACAACAUGAAGCCACACAUCGUAUGAUAGCAUUGUCUUAUCUACGUGCCCUACUAUCAAUAAUGACCUAUAUCUGGAGCGAUCCGCGCAGUCAUGGCUAUCGUUCAGACAGUACUGUAUUUGUUCUUCAUCCCGUCCCUACUCCUCCGACACCAGACAUGCGCAGACAAGCGGAUCCUCCUAUCCGACCCGAACUACGUCCUUCACAUCGAGUCCAGUUUUGCCGAACUGAGGGCUAAAGUGUAUGCUCUCCAGAAUGAACUCGAUACGCGACAAGAUACUCUGGACAACCUAGAACCAACACUUCCCCUUACAGCGUCCGGAGCCACCUACGUCAGAUGGGGACGAACAACGUGUCCCGGGAAUGGAACGACAUUGGUGUACCAGGGUGUCGCUGCUGGGGCUCUCUACACAGAUACGGGCGGGGCAGUGGAAUAUGUCUGCAUGCCAUACAAUCCAAAGUUUGAAUUCACAGACUACACGGACAACGAGGCGCAUCUGUACGGCGCCUUGUACGAGUCAAAAGUGUUCAGCGCUACCAACUCUGGGGACCGGGCGCCAUGCGCCGUCUGUCAUGCCACCAUCCGAGCGUCCCAACUCAUGUUGCCAGGAGUUAGCGCAUGUCCUUCCGGUUGGACCAUGGAAUAUCAUGGUAUCUUAUCAUCCGGGUACCGCGGCCACAAGGCCGGAAGUCAGUACAUAUGUCUUGACGCGGCUGCUGAAUCUCUGGCGCCGUUCAGUAGAAACGCUGUCGGUAAAUUACUAUACAGGGUUCGCGGGAAGUGCAGUUCUCUCCCGUGUCCGCCGUAUUCAGAUGGACGAUUAUUGUCGUGCAUUGUGUGUACCAAAUAAGGAUAUUUGUAGAAAUAAACGUACACAACGGCCAUGAUAGGAUCAGCUUCCUCCGUAUUCUUCGUUUGCAACAGAAAAAGUGAGCAAAAAUGUUGUUUUUCGUUGUUUAAGACGUUUGUGUUAUCGAAACAGCUUAUUUCGUAUCAAGACAUUAUCGACAUGAAGUUGGACCGGAAAAUUAAAAAAUAAUGAUAAUACUAAUAAUAUUUCAUGGACCGAAAGACAAAUGCACAGUGUGAGCGGAAACAUUUGCCCUCCACGGAAACAUAAGAGAUUUUAUGAAAGCAAUAUACGUUAUUAUUGAUUAUUUCGGUGCCCAUGUCAGUAAUAGGUAUUGCAAAAGUUGUC